AUGGCGGGCCGGGGCCGGGGCCGGGGCCGCGGGCAGAUGACUUUCAACGUGGAGGCGGUGGGCAUCGGGAAGGGGGAGGCGCUGCCCCCCCCGACCCUCCAGCCCUCCCCGCUCUUCCCGCCGCUGGAGCACCGGGCGGCCCCGCUGCCGGGGGGGGAGGAGGGCGAGUACAUGCUGGCGCUGAAGCAGGAGCUGCGGGGCGCCAUGAAGGGGCUCCCCUACUUCGUCAGGCCCGGGGCGCCGCGCAGAGAUAUCGAGCGUUACUCUGACAAGUACCAGCUCUCCAGCCCCGUGGACAGCGCCAUCGACUGGAACCCAGACUGGAGGCGGCUGCCGCGGGAGCUGAAGAUCCGGGUGCGGCGGCUGCGGAAAAACAGAACCACCAUCCUCAUCCCCAAGUGCAAGCAGCGGGUCACGCUCGACAAGGAGGAGACCAUUAAGAAGCUGGAGAGCCUGGAGAAGAAGGAGGAGGAGGUGACAUCGGAGGAGGAAGAGGAGAAGGAGGAGGAGGAAGAAGGGAAGGAAGAAGAGGAAGAGGAGUAUGACGAGGAGGAGCACGAGGAGGAGACCGAUUACAUCAUGUCCUACUUCGACAACGGGGAGGAUUUCGGCGCCGACAGCGACGACAACAUGGACGAGGCGGUGUACUGACCCCCCCCCCGCGACACGGGGGGGCCCCUGUGACCCCCCCCCGCCACACCAGGGUCCCCUGUGACCCCCCCCCCCCGCCACAGGGGGGUCCCGUGUCCCUGGGUGUGGGUGUGUCCCCCGGGGUCCCUUGUCCCCCCCCCCUCCAGCCUGCAGGUGGCACUUGUGUUCCAGGGAUGGAGGGCUGGGGGGGGACACACACACACACUCCCCCCCCCCCCCGCCAAAUGGGGGCACCCCGGGGAGGGGGGGGGACACCCCGCUGCCCCCCAGCCUGGGGGGGGGAAUCCCCAAACCACUGGGGGAAGGUGGUGAGGGGGAGGGACCCCCUACUCUUGUCCCCAAACCAGUGGGGGGUGGGAUUGUCCCUUUUGGAGGCAGUUUUUGGGGGGGGGGGAGUCCCCCAAACCCCCCCGUUGCCUCCCCCCCAGCUUCACACACACACACCCCCCCCCCCCCUUUUGCAACAGCUUUUUAACAUUUGAGAUUUUUAAUUAUUUUUUUAAAACUUAAUUUUGGGUGGAUUAAAGUUAAUUUGGGUA